AGAGCGCGCCUACGAGACUGCGCCUGAUGAGUAGGGGGAGAGGUCCAGCUGCAAAAAGGGGGAAAAUAUACCGUGACAAUGGCAGCAUCCAGCAUCGCGUAGACUGAACGAUUGAUAACGGGCGAAGCGGCCCCGCAAAAUGGGUGUGUGCCGACCGACUGGCUUAAUUAUCCUCUGAAAACGAGAGAUUUCAACGGCAUGCUGAAGUACUAGCGCGUUUCCUGGAAUACGAAUCCUUCCGUAAUUGAAAAUGGAAUGGCAGGGGAGAAGAGCACCGUGUUGCCUCAAUCCUUGAGAGGCGCGUCCACCUGCUAAUACCAGAGGCCCGGACAGCGGCUGAUGGCGGAUGGGGAUCAUGCAAGGGACGUGUUUGUAUUUCGGAGGAAAGACGCAUCUCUGAUAUUAUCAAAGGCGACGGAAACGGAUCCCAAAACGACAGGAAAAACGCAGUUUGGGUGCAUACGUCGGAGGUGGGGCAGUAAGAAGGAGUGAUGUGUAGGAGCUGUAUUGAGUCUCAUUCAUGGAUGUGUUAGCAGACCCUAGUUGCCUGGUGGUUGUAAGAACUCCACACCUAACAGCAGCAUACACAGAUGCAGUGUCCACAGGAGAAUGUGAGAAUAGCAGUAUUCUGAGGCUGUGUGGAUCCAUCGAUGCUGCCCUCCCUCCUUCCCUCCCUCCAGCCUCUCCUCCUCUGCCUGCUGCAAACAGUUUACAGAGGACCAUACAGACCUUACCCAGUUUAACCCCAUCCCACUACCCUCAUGUCAAUGAAGACCCAAACCAUUUUGGCCACGACACUCCUACCUCCCACCCUCUUACAUCUGUGAACCCUUGGGCAGCACCUGGAGAUCCCCACCUGACAACUCACCCGCUGGUCCUCCCUCUCUCUCUGCCCCUGGCCCUCCCUUUACCUCUGCCCCCAGCCACCAUGAUGGACCCUGGAACUGUGCCAGCGUUACCGGAGGAGUGUCUUCUCCAACCCAGCCGCACCUGUCUUGGCUGUUUCAUAGAGACCCGGGAUGCUGCUGCUUCAGACCCAUCCAACCUCCCUAUCCAUGACGUGGCCCAUGACACCAUCUCCAAUCGGGAGACCUCUGAACUCGACGUGCGGCUAAGCGAGGUGGUUCAAGAAGACUUUGGAGACACCUGCCCCAUCUCCGACAUCAGUAUCCAGUGCUUGAGCCAUGACGGGGAGACAGUGAGUCACUAUGGUGACCAGCUCCUCUCUGACCAGCUGCUCAGCUACCCCCUGCCAAAAGAUCCCACAGGGGGAGUGAAGAGGGGGGGGGAGGGGGAGGAGAAGAGCCCUGAGGACAGCGAUGACCCAGAGGAUGAGGCCUCUGCUAAGAAUUUGUAUGAAGGUCUGCUGCUGGACAAGGUGAGCGGAGAGGAGGUCCUUCUGGCUAACGCGGGGCAAGACUGGGGCUACUUUGAGUCCUUCAUUAGCGAGAGCAAGAUGGAACUGCUGGACCUGUGCUCUAAGAAUGAGCUGUCAGUUAACCUUUUUUCAGAGGAAGAUGUGGACAACCUUUUUGAUGAUGAGGACGAUGACUCAACAUUGAGCAGUGAUGUAUGCUCUCUGAAAAUACGCUAUGAGUCCUUUCAGGACAACAUGAGAGAAAAGACCAAUGUGCUGCAAGAAGAGACACAGUUCAACUUUUUCCCCAGUGUCUUGGCUAACUGUGCCAAAAAGGAGGAGGGGGGAGGAGGCUUGCUGAGAAGAGGGGUAUCAGCAGAGGAUCUUCAGUCCAAAGCCGAAGAACUCUGUCUGGGACAGGAGGAGGAGGGCAAAUCCAGAAGGGAAGGGAGUGCUGAAAGCCCUCUGAAUGGGUCCCAGGGUUCCACCAUGUCUAGUCCUAAGAUCAACUACCUAAUGGACUUCAGCAACACAGAGGACUCAGGGGAUUACAGUGAUGACAGCUCAUGCACUGGCUCCUCCUCUGACACCCCACAGGAUGCCAGGCAGAAGAAGGACCGCCCCCAAAAAAAACUCAACUAUGGCUUGCGUUCUAAGAGGAAGGUGCGCUACAGUGACGACUAUCUGUAUGACGUGGACUCAAUCGAGAGCGAGAGGAACUCUGAGAAGAAGGAGAAGACCCUUAUAGGCCAGAAGGAGGAGGAGGAUGUUGACUGGUGCCCUAAGAAACGAAGGAAAUCCUCUCGGAAGGAGCCUCCUGUGGUCAUCAAGUACAUUAUUAUCAACCGCUUUAAAGGGGAGAGAUACAUGUCUGUUAAACUUGGAAAACUGGAUCCGGCAGACGCUACUGUCAGCCUAAGCACAGAGGCCGUGGUCAAAUACCAGACACUGUCACCACUAAAGGAUUUCUGGCAGGAGAGGUGGAGGGAGAGAGAAGAGCAGUUGAGGCUGGCAGCCAGGGAUAAACGGAAACGUGGCAUUCAUCUGAACAGCCGUCGACACCGCCCCUUUGGUUCUAGUCACCCCAAGAGGAAAUACAAGAUCGCUAACCGGCUUAGGGUGCAGAGGAUCCAUGUUUUGGAACAAUCAGACUCAGCCUUGGGCCUUUCUGUCUCAGAUGUUGGAGUCACUGUCAAAGAGGAUGUACGGCAGUCAGCGUUGGGAGCAGGUACUAUACCAGUUACUGGAAUAUUACAUCCCAGCACCAUCAUGUCUCCUUCCGCCAUGACCAAGAGCCGCUCGCAGGAAAGAGAGGAGAGGGAGAGCAAGAGGCUGGGGGGAGGACACAAAACAAUAAAGAUCAGGAAAUUCAAAAGUGAAGCCAGGCUAAGGAGCAAGAUAAUCAAGGGGGGAACGGAGAGAGAGGGGGAGGGUUUGGGGAGUGUGACAAAUGAAGCAGAUACGUGCUUGGCGACAGUUCUGAUUGAGGAGCCGGCUGUCAGAGCUGGAGUGUUAGGAGAGACAGACCUCAGCUCUGCUACACUCCACCCACACUUUUCUGACAAUCACACUGACACAGCCCAAGAGAAAUUCCCCUUCAUCCCUACCAGCUGCUCCCCUGACAAACCCCCAUCCUCCUCCUCUGAAGUUGUGGAAACUGGAGUCCCUGUCAUCCCUGGGGGCUAUCUUCAGACUCUUCUAGACGUCACUGACUCCUCGGUAGGAGAAGGCAUCGCCUACUUCUCCCAACAGCAGCCGACCAGGCAGCACUUCCCUCUGGGCCUUUCGAUAGAGGAGAAGCAGUUUGCCUCUUCUCUCCAGCUGGCCCAGAGCUGUGUCCUCUCCCCUCCCUCAGAGUCUGAGCUCCAGCAAUCCCCCCAGAACUGCCCCAGCUUCCCCCCUAUUUGGCACCCCCAGCUCUGCCCCAGCCAGGGCUUCACCUCAGACACCCAAGACACCCCCCUCCUUCCUGGCGGCUUCCCUAGUGGCCUACCGCUUAACGACAGCCUGCCUGUGUCUGGCUACAGCCAAUUGGGCACGGAGCCCAACAGGCUGCUGUAUGAGAAGAACUACCUGUCUGAGCCUAUUGGCCUGCCACACGCCACCGACCUGCAGGUGUGCCAGCAAGCCAGUGAGGGCCAGCAGGGUCUCCAGUACCAGAGAGCCACUCUCUGCACAGACAAUGGCCGGCUCAUCAGCUAUGACUCAGUAGGCUCUCUCUCCGCAGCUUCCUCCAGCAACUAUAGCUCCCUCAGCAUCAAGUCAUGCGAACGAGAGGGGGGUGAAGAGGAUGUCCGUGAUGGCUUCCUGUCACACUGCAGCCCUAAGGUGCUGAUCCAGCAAAGUGUGGAUGCCCUCACCCCUCUCAGGGAGUCCUCGGACCUGCUAGAUAUCUCCAACUUUACUCCUGACAAGUUUCGACAUUCAUCCCUGGCAGAGCUCUCGCCUCCCGAGACCCCCAACCUCUCUCCUCAGGUGGUGGGGCGAGAGAUUAAGAUAAUGGAUAAAGCAGCAGAGUACCAGGAUGUGGGUGAGCUGGGCAUGGAAAAUAGCAGGGAGGGAAAGUGGAACUGUGAAGCAAUGCAGCAGCAGCUGGAGCAACACUCUGUAAGGGGGUUCUCUAUGGAGGGAGGCCAGUACCAGUUGGAUUCAUUUAGAGGUGAGGAAGGGUUAGGCUUGGAUAAAAAGAAUGUGAACAAUGAUGACUUUUAUAAGCAAACAGAGGAGAUGAUGUGUGGUGUGAAAAGCACAAGGUUGAAGAGGAAAGGCAGCUACAAACAAACAACUGACAGCCCCAAGAAAGGCAGAGGCCCUAGAACCACCAAAGCAGAGAAGGUGAAGGCCCCAAGACAGAACUCGCGCUCAACAAAAAAAAUAAAGGCAAUGUUGCAGGGGAAGGCGACCAAGAGUCAGGCCCCCCUGGCAGACAGCAGCAGCACCAGGGACUGGUCUGGCACUGGCUGGUCUGAGAGCAACAGCCUAGUAGGGGAUGACCAGAGGGAGUUUGAGGAGCCCUCCAACAUCCUGUCCAACAUUGUCUCUGGCAUGGCGGAGGUCCAGAGGUUUAUGAUGGCCUCUAUUGAGCCACUGUGGGACCCUGUGUCUGAGGCCUGCAUUUCCCCUGAGGCCAACAGCCUCAACCUAAAGACCCUAAAGAUUCUGUCAGGAACUGAGCCUGAGUUAAAGAAGAAAGGCAGCACUGGGGCAGGGAGGGGCAAAAAGGCAGGUUGCAAGGGGGGUAAGAACCAAACCAAAUUCAAUCCGUCUCAUCCCCUCUUUCCCCAACUGGCCCUGGGUUGCCACAUGUUUGACAAACCCAAUUUUAUCAAUCCAGGGCCGGCACACAAAAAGUUGUACCGCCACAAGACCAGCGCCAAGUUUCCACGGAUUGACACUAUGAAGGGAAAGCGAGUGGAGAGAGACCCUAAUAAGGACAUAGCACUGAUGGCCUCUUUUGAGAAACUGAGAAUAUGGAUGUCCUGUUGUUGCUGUCCAUCAUGCACUGCCUGGCUCAUUUCAAGAGGGAAAACUACAGAUCCCAUAAGCACCCUCUUCUGAGCCCAUAUAAGCCCAUAAGAUGGGACAUUUUUGUAUUGAUGAUGACAUAUCAGACUUAAACAUUCUGUCUUAAUUUUCUUAUCAAUGUUGGAAUGACUUAAUUUUUUGUUACUUUUGAUCUUUUUUUCUCUUGGAAUUUCAGAGGAACUGGUGUCCUAGAAUUACAUUUCUACGCCUUGCAAAUUCACAAAUGCUCCACUCUCUCAGAGUAUUUUUCUCAAUGUUGUUGUACAGGGACAUGCACUAUUUGCAAAAAGGAAGAAAGAAGAUCAUUUAAAAUCUUAAAAAUCAAUGUGCCAAAAGCUAAUAUGCUAUGUAAAUUACCUCUUAAAUGUGUGAAUAUUAUUAGCUGUUCCUCUUUUGUUUUUUUGUUUUUUACCAUUUGAUGAUUUGCUGCUUGGUUUGGCAGCAUUGUAAAAGAGAACUGCCUUUCCAGGAAAUCCUUAUUUGGGACUUGUCUUUUUCUUCAUCAUUUACUUCUUCCUCUUCUCUGAUGGAAGGUACCUACAGCUGGCAGUGAAACACCACCUAUCUCUAAACCAAAACAGAAAGAUACUUCCAAUCCUCUUCUUAUCCCCCUUCUUUGUUUACUGAAUUCAAGUUACUUCACCCGACUUUGAGAAGCAAAAGAAGAAACAAAUGGGAUAUCUUUAAAGGCGACUGUAGAGGAGGAUUAAUAGAGAGAUGUUUAAAAGGUGUUUUCUUGAGACAGAGGGUAUCCUAUCUGAGGGUAAGCAAGGUCAUGAUUUGUCAUUGGUGGUUAUAUGCAUAGUGGAAGUAAGAUGUUUUUUUUAUUUUUUUAUUCCUAACAAUUUAAUAGUUGCAGAGGUAUUGUAGCAUUAUAAUACUUUAAUAUUUAUUUCAUAUUUACGUUAAUAUUUGUCUGCAAAGACUGCAUGCAUUUGCUGCAAUUAUCCCAAAACACCUAAACAAUCCCAAUGAUUUUGAUUAUUGUACUUCAAAAAGGUGUCACAAAUAAGUAAUCAUCACACAUUUUGCUGAGUAUCCACUGGAUUAUCCAGUAAUAGUGUAAACACAUUAUAUGAAGACAAUGACAGAGUGACCUGUCUACAGGUACGUAUUCCUGGUUAUGUUACCGAUACACUUUCUAUGCAAGACCUCCUAUAAAGGGCCUCUUUUACUCUCUGUAGUUUAAUUACAGCCUAUAGACUUGUUUCCUCGCUGCCUUUAUGCUUCCUUGAAAGUCAAAAGAAUGUGCAGAAAAAAGUGUAGGUUCACAUCUAAUCAGUGGGAUACUAUUAUACCUGUAUUAUAACUACAGUAACAUGCUCAUGUAGCAAGUUCCUACAAGGAAGGUGUUUAAACUGAACCUAAUAAAUAAAUGGUAACUAAACAUAUUUAAUUAUUUAUUGGAUUUGAUUCAGCUGAAAGUGAAAUACCUACAUAGUUUGGUUUUGAUUAAAGAAGCAAUCAGAUUAGGACCCAGGAAUUAUUGUCAGCCUAAAAACAACCAUUCAAUUCCUCUAACUAUUCCAUUCCAGUGUAUGAUGGAUUCAGUAGUGUGUGUUGACGAAAGUCGUAAUUAUUAUUGAUUACUAGAAUUAAAUAGAAAAAUACAUAACUAAUUCAGUACACAUCUAUGAGUCAACCAUCUCUAUACACGUGUAUCGAAGCUAUAAUUGUCUGUUCAUGAGGUUGUAUUUAAUGGUAAUGACAACAACAGAUAAUUAUGAAAUAUGAAAUCAGUUUUAAUUCCAAUGCAUCAGUGUUGAGUUUAACAAAUGCACAUACAAAUGCAUGUAAAUUAAUCUUGUCUGUUAGUCGUGAGGGCUAAUAUAGUCUGUCAUACAGUACGGAACCAUUUAACAGAGCUUGUCUUGGAGCAAUGCCAGCAUUCUGAAGCUUCAUUUAAAAAUGCCUUGUAUAAAGGUGGUAAGUAAAAGUAUGAUUCACAAUGUAUUUUUCUGUUCUCUCCCUCUCACUUCUUCCGCUAUAUUCUUUCUCACACUUCAUCUCUAAAUAUCCUUCUGUCCUACUACCUCUCUCCUCAUCAUCACUCGCUGUAUGCCCUUCUCUUCGGUGUUGUAGGGAUAAGAUCUGGACAGACUGCUAAAAGGAACUCCACAUGGACCGUUUGUCAGCCUUCUUUCAUUUCUGUCUAGUGUCAAAUUGAAUGUAGUAUCUUGAGUUCCGAGGAUGUGUUCCUUCUAUCUUUCUUUCUAUCUUUCCAUCUAUCCAUCCAUAUCUAACUAAACAUUUUUCUUUCUCUCUCGCAUUCUUUCUUUCAAAAUGUGCCACUGUUGAGCUGCCUCAUCUUAAUGGUGCUAAGAAAGCUGACAAUUAUAAUUUUUUCCCAGAGAUGACAAAAAACAAAUGCAAACUAGGUUAUAGGAACCAUGACCCUCUUUAUGAAUGUAUAUUAUAUAAUUAUGUUUGAUGUGUUCACUUCAUGAUUAUUUGACAUUGAUUGGGAUUACGUUUGGCUCUUUUCAUUAAAAGAAUAAUGAGCUUUAUAUAUACUGUCUAGAGUUGUAGCCAGAGGGAAUAUUAAUGAACUCUUGACACUACAAAAUCUUGUAUAUUUUUUGUGUGCCAAUUUGUAACAUAUUUUGUAAGUGUAUAUUUUUCUUAGAAAGUGCUGUGCAGUAUUUGUGUGUGUGAGUAACCUUUUAUGCGCCUCUCUAGGCCAAUGGAAAGGAUGUUCAUUGACAAGCUUCUGGUUUUAAAAACCGAAAUAUGAAAGUAAAUGAUGGAAAAAUAGAAAUACCUACUUUUUGUUGGGAGUUUUGUAAUAAGACCAUGAUCUUGUUGUGAGAGUGUUGUGUUACUGUGCAAAACACAAAUAAGCGAAGAAAAAAUUAAAAUCUGGAUUAAAAAAAUAUUCAAAUUUGUGAACAAUUUGCUGUUUUAUAGAUUUUCUUGUAAAUUAUUUUAGUAUUAUUUUGGUUUUUGUUGUAACUGUUGCAAAGGUUUUCGAUAUUUGUGAUCAAGCCUGUACGGUGAUAAUGUAAUAUUGGUACUUGCUGAGUUUUGUAAUAAUGUUUAUGGAGUAAAUAUACACAUUAAAAUAAGAUUUUGAAUGCUG